AUGGGAGAUUCCAAUUCAAGUUCACCCAUCCAUUGGCUGGACUCCUCCAAGCUUCUCCUGCCCAACCCUGAGCUCACCACGGUCCUAGGAGCUGAAGAUGGAGUGCAGGAAAGCGCUGAUUUGGGUGAGCCUGAGUGCUAUUACUUUGAGGAGUAUGAGGCUCCAAGGAUGAACCCCUCUGUUGUGGCUGCCACAAGAGGAUUGGACUUCUCCAAAAGUUCAACAAAUGGCAAGGGAAAGCCAUUGAGAAGAUGCAAAAGUCCAUGGACAAGAUGGAGUAGAUCACUCCUCACCACUCCAAGGAGGCUCCCUGCCCAAGAGCCUCACAGAGCCUCUUCUUUCGAGCCAAGGGAAGGAGAAGACAACACGCAGAGAAGGAGGAAGACUUCCAAGGCCAGACGCUCCAGCUCGACCACCGGACUCGAUCGAGUCCAAACAGAGGAAACUCAACUCGAUCGAGCUGACGGUCGAGCUGACCAGGAGGAGCCCCAGUUCGAGGAUCCGGGAUUUGAAUACGAUCCCAUGCCUUACCAGGAGCCUCCCCGGAGUAGAUGGAACCCCUAUGGACAGUACGAGCUACCAAUGCUCCACCAAGGCCAAGGAAGCCACACACAUUUCAAGAUGAAGAAGAGGAGGAAGAGGAGCCACAAGCUCGAUCGAGUGAGCCACAAGAGGCAACCCCAGUUGCAUGGAGUGCUCCUGAUGGCCGUCUCCCAUCUCCAGACCACGACCUAG